AUAUUACGUCGAAUGAAAUCAUUCAUAACCAUAUGGUCGAUAAAAUUGCUAUAUAAAAUUAAACUAGUUAUUAAAAUAUAAUUAAAUAAAAAUUUAAAGUUGUAUACCGCGACUAAAGAGAACCAUGGCCAUUUAAUAUAUAUUAUCAAGUGGUUCAUGGCAAUAGAAAUACACAAGUGCACGUUCAAGUUUCAGUUGUACAGAAUCCAUUGUGAAAUAAAGAUUACGGAUUUGUCAUGAGCCAAACGGAUAUUCAGGAGUACUACGAUUUUAUUUUGCCGUUAGUUUUGGACGCGGGAAAGAUACUCUUAGAUGCGAAAGACAUAAAGGGAGAACUAAAAAAUGGUCUCGACUGUGACUUUGUUACACUAUUUGAUACGAAGAUAGAAGACAAAUUAAAGAAACAAAUCACAGCAAGCUAUCCAAAUCAUAAAUUUAUAGGCGAAGAAGAGUCUUCGGCUAAAAACGAAUGGUCUUUGACGAACGACCCAACUUGGAUAAUAGACCCGAUAGAUGGCACAGAAAACUUCAUGAGAAAAUUAAGGUUGUCUUGUAUUUCUGUGGCGAUGACUAUAAAUAAAGAACAAGUUUUCGGUAUCGUCUAUAACCCGCAUAUGGACGAGCUAUUCUCGGCUAUUAAAGACAAAGGUGCUUAUUUAAAUGGACAAAGAAUUUAUACCACCGGACAAACAGAUUAUACACAAUCAUUAUUUAAUUACGAAAUAUCCAUGGGUAGAAUGGGAACUUACUUCUACAAUUUAUACAUGUUCAGAUUAAAACAUCUCUUGCCAAAAGUGAUGGGAGUUAGGUGUUUUGGCUGUGCGGCUCUGGGAUUAUGCUACGUGGCCUGUGGACGGUUUGACGCCUACCAAUGCGACGGAUUGUACCCGUGGGACGCCGCUGCCGGAACCCUGAUAGUAAGAGAAGCGGGUGGUUUCGUCAUUGAUUCAUCAGGAAAGGAAUUUGACCUGAUGAAACCAAAUUUCUUGGCGACAUCAUCCAGAGAACUAGCCCAGGAUUAUUUAGAGAUAGAAAGAAUAGCGGAUAUGGAAAUGAAUGAAGCUGUUAAACGCAAUCAGGCAUUUGUGCCCUAAUUGUUCACUUAAACAAGUUUACGUGUAAAUUAUUUUCAGAAAUGGAAAUUACUUGAAAUAAUCAAUACAGCAAUAAUCAAACAAGAUUCAAUUUUUAUAUUAAGAUUAUAAAAGACAUAAAUUACGUAGGUAAUUAAUUAAAAAAUAGUCGUCAUUUCCAGGUCAGUCCCAAAGACCACAAGUUUAAGCUUACUGAAAAUAUCUAUAUUAAUCAAUACAGAUGCAUAUUAUACAAUAUGAUCGAAAAGAAACGGCGUCAGCAAUGGCUAUGAAAUAAAGAUCGCUGUCAUUUUAUAAGU